AACGGACAUCGUUCAAUGAGAUGAUCCGGUUUGAUGGAAUAUUUUGGCGUUUCAAACACCCCAGGAGUGAUAAUUUUCCGAUCCGCAGCACCGUAUGGAGACAGGAGAGGAGCGGCUUGCAGUUUUGGGGCUCAAGAUGGCUGCAGAAAGGUCAGCAGCGUGUGCGCUGCCCUCGCUGCCAGCUCCCGGGAGGCGACUGCGGCCUGCGAAUCAGCGACGUCCGCGAGGAGGACGGCGGCCGCUACGCUUGCAAGUUUCAGAGCGGUGGACAAAUGAUCACGCGCUGGCUCGUGCUGAGAGUCAUCAAAGUGUCUUUCUAUCCGGUGGCGCCGGUGGCGGGGGUCCACGUGUCCAUCAACUGCAGUGUGAGCCCCAGGCCUCAAGGUGCCACAGUGGAGUGGCGACUGAACAACGGCUCGUUUGCGCCUUCUAGCGGGGGGAGCCCGCCGACCCCUCGGUGGAGCUUGCAGGAGAAGGCAAGCGUGCGAUUGGCGGGAGAGUGGAUGUGCGUGGUGGCCAGCGGAGGCGCGCAAGGCCGAGCCUCGGCCCCUUUAACCGUGAGAGGAAUCGUCCACCCGUCCCGAGACGCGACCAAGGUUUACGCCGCCGUGGGGUCCGGAGCCACCCUCCCCUGCAUCUUCUCCCGUGGCUCAACCCCCGCGAAGCCCACCUGGCAGAAACUCCAAGCCGGCUCUCUCUGGAGUCCCGCUUCCUUCUCCUCUUCCCCGCCUGCUUCCCAGCCCGCUUGGGACCACUCGGCCCGUUUAAAAGAGACCGCCCUCGAGGACGAGGGAACGUACAGAUGCGGCGGGGUGGUGGAAGGACGCAGCCUGUCUCGGAAAGUGCAGCUGGUUGUAGCCACGAUUGAGCGCAGCGUCACCCGGAAGAAAACGCUCACGCUGACCUGUCAGCUGACGGACACCAGCGAGGUCACUCGCUACCGGUGGGUCCGCGUGACCCACGACGCCAGCGGCGAACGCCGGGCGGAAUCCGUCCAGGAGGGGAAGAGUCUUCGCGUGAGCGACGUGUCGCGCGGGGACGCCGGCGAAUGGGCGUGUCGCUUUUUCGGAGCGCGGGGACUGCUGGGCAACAUAACGCAAGGCAUCGGGCCUCCAUUGGAUCACGCGAGCGGCUCGGCGGGAGUGUCGCCCAGCACCGCAGUCGCGCUCGGUGUCAGUGCUCUUCUGCUUCUUCUGCUCCUGCUUCUGGCUCGGAUGUACAAGAACCACCAGAGGAGAAAAAGAAUUUUCCAGUACACCACGCUGGAGUCUAUUCUCCAUGCGAGGUCCAAGGAGCGCAAGGCGAGAGACCCAAGUCGAGCGAUAAAAGGGACCUGAGCCACAAAACUGGCAAACCGCCGGCGAGCACUGGAGCACUUGUGUGUGUGUUUUUUUAAGACUUUUGGGCAUUAUUCUUGCCCGCUCGCUGUCCAGCAACAUUUGCAAUUCAGGAGAAGGGCAAGAACUGUUGCU